GAGGCGGCGGCGCGGGGUCUCCUGGCCCCGGCGGCGGCCCAUGGGGCGGGAGGCGUGAGGCCGCGGCCUGCCCGGGGCUCGGGGGGUGGGGGGAGCGGGGCGGGGAGAUGGAUAAACUGACCAUCAUCUCAGGAUGUCUCUUUCUGGCCGCCGAUAUCUUCGCCAUCGCCAGCAUCGCCAACCCGGACUGGAUCAACACCGGGGAGUCCGCCGGAGCACUCACUGUGGGCCUUGUGCGACAGUGUCAAACAAUCCAUGGACGAGACCGGACAUGCAUCCCACCUCGGCUUCCCCCAGAGUGGGUCACCACACUGUUUUUUAUCAUCAUGGGAAUCAUUUCAUUGACUGUCACAUGUGGUUUGCUGGUGGCUUCCCACUGGCGAAGAGAAGCCACAAAAUAUGCUCGAUGGAUAGCAUUCACUGGAAUGAUCCUUUUCUGUAUGGCUGCCCUAAUAUUUCCAAUAGGAUUUUACAUCAAUGAAGUCGGAGGUCAACCAUAUAAAUUACCCAACAACACAGUAGUUGGGUCAUCAUAUGUACUUUUUGUCUUAUCAAUUUUCUUUACAAUAGUAGGACUUCUAUUUGCCGGCAAAGUUUGUUUACCAGGCUGAUGAAUGUCUGAAUUGCUUGACUCUUAUUAUUUUUAAUUUUAUUUUAUUUUUUUAUUUUUGGAGGGUGGGGAGGACAAAGGCAAGGCAUCUGAGUAGUCCUCGCAUAGGAAGAUGCUUAGAUGAAACUGAUGCUGAAAAGAAAAAAAAAUGCUUUGAUUUGUUCUCACUAUGCACUUUGGAUUUAAAAACAAAAAAUAAGGAGAGCCUUUUCCAUAACCAAAUACAGACAAUAUUGACUAAAUCUCCUGAGCAUAUUCAGGCAGUCAGGUCUGCACUGUGAUAGCAACCUAGUGAAGGAGAAUGCUUUAUACUGAAAAGCAUGUGGCCCUUUGUGACUCUGUUGUUCCAUUUUUAACGUCUAAUGAUUCAUUUGAGGGAGGAAAAAGUAAGUCUAAGUAUUUAUGAAUCAUGGCGGACCAGAGGGAUGCAAGAGAAGUUCAUGUGGGGCUGGCCUCACCUCCUAAGAAAUUAGAGUUCACAGCUUCCUUGUAAUGGUAUGAGCCUUUGGCACCAGAAUGGAUUGCCAUUGCAUUACCGCACCAAGAAGCCAAUAGAUCAAAACUCGUUUGCUAAAAUGUAUGUAAAAAUUCUGAAAUUCCCUAUUCUCUGUGUACAAAAAGAAAAAAAAAAAUCAAACACUAAGAAACAUGUCGUU